CCCGCGAUACAACAUCGUUUGAGUUCCUUGCCAGCUCUUAACUGUUCUGGUAGAUCUUUGGCUGGAGAUGAGGAAAGUGCAGGUGUGUUGGUAGUCCUGCCUGUCCUUGGUUUCAGCCUUUGCCUGCUGAGUUCGAGUUCUCUCUCGGUGUUUGGAAGUCAAGGUGCUCCGAGGGCUGGAGUCCCCCUGUUCUGCAGCCGGGCUGGGAGUGCUGGGGGUGUUCUCCUGGAGAAGGGAAGGAUCCAGGGAGACCUUUUUGCAGCCUUCCAGAACUUGAAUAAAAAAGAGAAAGAGGGACUUUUUACAUGGGCAGGACAGAGGGCAGUGGUUUUAAACUAAAAGAGAUUUAGAUAUACAGAAGAAAUCCUUCCCUGCGAGGGUGGGCAGGCCCUGGCACAGGUUGCCCAGAGAAGCUGUGGCUGCCCCAUUCCUGGAGGUGUCCAAGGCCAGGUUGGAUGGGGCUUGGAGCAACCUGGGCUGGUGGAAGGUGUCCCUGCCCAUGGCAGGGAGUGGAAUGGGAUGAGCUUUAAGGUUCCUGCAAACCACUCUGCUGUUCUGGGGUAACAGCUGUUAAAUAACAGCCAAAUGUUUUUAAUCCCUCUUGGGAAGUCCCACAUCACCUGUGUGAAGUCCAUUUGGCUGCUUGAAAGCAAGAAGCAAUUUCUCCUUAGAAUCUGCUUUUCUCUACCACUGUUGCAAGAGUUUUAGUGCUGUGUUGUUCAAGCUAAUCUUUCUUUUACUGUUCUCUUUUACUGUUUUUCUUUUUCUUUGAGAAAAAUUUGGUUUGGUGUCUCCUGGGGCAUUCUGUACAGCACUGAACUUUCUCGUGCGAGUCCCUGCUUUCCUGCCCCGUCUUUACAUGCUAAUUUCUGAAAUUGUUUUCUGGACAAGUUCAGGCUCUUUUGGGGGUUUCAUCUGCUUCUGUGUCAUCAGGUUGUUUAUAUUUUCCAAAAAUUGUAUGUGCUUUUCCUGUCCUAAGAUGGUUAUGGGGUUUUGUUCUUGUGAGCACCUGUGUAGGAAGGACAGGAAAGUGGUUGCAAUGUUGCUGUGGUAAAGCUUGAUCCACUGGGAUGUGGUGUGGGAUUCAGAUGGCACAGUGGUGAGAGGAAUAUCCCAGGGCAGUCAUUCUGUCAUCCCAGUGUCCUUGUGGAGCAGUCCUCACCCUCUGCUGGUAAGUGUGAUGGGAGAAAACAGGGUGGUCAGGUCUGUGGAGGAGGGACCCUCCGAGUGACCAAAGCAGACCUACCUGAGAGAGAGGAGGAGGCAGAGCUCUCUCUCCAGCAGGCAGAAGGAAAAUGUCACUGGUUGUCUGGGCUCUGAAGAAGGUAAAACUCAACAGAGGAAUGCCCAGCUUGCAAAAGUCUACCCUGUUUCCAUCACAGAGAGCUCUGGGAGAUGUGGUAGCUGCUCAAUCCCCCGUAGCAACACAGGGAUGUUGGAGUCAUGGCAGAGUAGGAGUGUGCUGUGGCCAAUUAAGGGAUUGGGAAAAUUAAUUGCCUUAAAUUGCCCAGGCCUCGUGAUGUCAUGGUAGCCAGAUAUAGACUCUUCCAGCUCAGCGAGGACGGACUUUGCACGAACGGCACGGGCGUAUCUUUAAACGGAGGCUGAGCUUUGUAAGGGCAAACGCAGAGAUGAUGAAUCAGCUGGCACAGAGGGAAUUAAUGUGGGUAGACUUGAGAGCUUUUCAAAGGAGAAGCCCUCGAGGCUUGGCUGUGUCAUCAGAAGAGAACAAUUAGUGCGGCAGUGCCCAACUUGUAGCUCUUUACCUGUUGGUUGCGGUCCAGGUGAGUGCCCCACCUGACUGUGGCAGGGCUGAGCUCAGGGGCAUCCUCCAAGGUGAUGGUGCUGCAGAGGAAACCCAACCCCUGCCUGUGGGAUUCCUUUGUCCAGGUGCACAGGAGCUGAUGUGACUGUGCCAUAGCUUGGCUUUCUACCAAAAAAUGGCCUCCUGUAGGAUUCAAGACAAGACAAGAACACAGUGUUGUCUGUGUUGCUCCUCAGUGUACCCUGGUCCACGUUAAGUUUCAGAGAAGAGAGAGAGAGAGAAAGAGACAGCACUAGCGGAGUUUUGAAACCUCUUUCGUAUUUACAAAUGUAUCUCAAAAAGUUCCGCAGUCAUAACCUGCUCUGUCACCUGCAGUGUAUUUGGAAAAAUAUUUUGGGAUGCCAAAAGUUGGCUGGGCAGCAGGGGGAUAAAAAUGGCUGAGGCUUGCUGUGAGAGAGAAGGGGAAAAUAAAGGAGGAGGCAGGGGUGGAAAGUUCAGUGAGGCAACAGAAGAAACAGCCAGAAGUGAGUAAUUAAACAUUAAAUUUAUAUAAUGCUACAGCAUGCCCAGGGCAAUGUGGUUAGUUCUAUACAAAUAUGUUUGGAUUUCCUAUCACAGAGAUCAAGUACAACCGUGGUGUUUUCCGUGGGUGUAAUCUCUGGAUGUUUGCCUUUUCCCAUUGAUUCACAAGCAACUGGGAUUUGAUACUAUGGGAACAAAUAUGUGAGGGGUGAGCUUAAAUAUGGUUUUGAUACAUGUAGUGUACUCUGCCAGCACAGCUCUCUGUAGGGAUUUCAGUUCUGAACUGAACUCUUGGGCGAUGGAAUCAGUUCCUGCCCUACUUGCAUAUAUUUAUUAAGUUCCUCCUUAAAAUGAGUUACUGUUGCUUGUAUUGCUCAGAAGAGAAGGCUGUUCCAGAAACUGAUGGCUAAGACACCUAAUUCCCAGCCUACUUUUAUUUAGCAGUUUGAGUGUCAGCUACCCCGAGUGAAAAGGACACGUUUUAAGGGUUAUUAUUUUGAAACUGAAAGUUUGUAAAGGGUUUGUCACAAAUUGCGAUUCCGCUGAGGAAAGGACCUUGGGAGAUCACCUCCAAUCCCAGGGCAGAUCCAGUGCUGUCCAGUGAUUUCUGACAUUUAUUCUGUAACUGUUUUAAAGCUGUGGGAAGGUUCUGCUGCCUCCCGUCUGACCGAGCCCGGUGCUCUGCUCUCCCCCUGCGGCACAGCUUCUGUAAGAGCCACUGCUGCAGGGAACACUCGCUCUCUCCACCUUCACAGCAUCCUCUUAAGUAAUCUCUAAACUCAUUGUGUCUCCCCACUCCCCUUUCCACCUUCCCUCUGAGCUCUGUUACCGCCGCUCGUGAUUCCAGGCUGGCAGUCAGCAGGGAGCUCGGAGUGGGGCGAUGAGCAACACCAAUUCUGACGUGUUCCUGCCUGAUAGGUUUUACUGCUCUAAUCUUUCCCAACUUUCCUUGUCAUGCCCACGUAGCGUGCUGCACACAGAAUAAAAUAACUGGCUGAUACACCAGGACAUGCCAGGGCUUUAUGGAUCCCUGCUGAUAUUAUUGUCCUUGGUACCAUAAAUGAAACCAGCGUUCGAGUUGGGUUAUUGUAGAAACCGCCUCUUGGCUUUGGCUCCUGUGGAUGAGAUGGGUUCUGGGAAUGCCUGGCUUUGUAAUGGACAGGUGACUCUCUUCGUACAUGCACCUCAUUUAUAAUAAUCAGGAUAAGAAUUAAACAGGGAUUUCUGUGCCCUUCUUGGGUGGACAUUGGUUGUUCCCAAGGUGUCAAAUGAAAUGCAUUUUUAUUUUUCUGGAAGGCUGUUUGUAGUGAAGAUUGUGACAAAGUUUAACAAUAUCACCCAAAUUCAUAAUUUAUUUUUUUCCCCCAAAAUUAUCUCCCUCCUUCUGUUUUCUCAUUUCACUGGGGUGAGUGAAUACUCUGGGAAUGAAGUAGCUGUGCCUUCACUGACAGAAAUACCACCUGUGGCAGACCUGCUCUUCCCUGGCUUCAGGGGAGUAACCAGGCUCCUAAUGAGGCCUCUGAGGCAGCCGUCAAAAAGGAGCUGAAACCACAUUUUGUAAACAGAGUUAAAACAUCCCCAUUAUUUGGCUGAGAACGAGGGAUGUAACUACGACCACCUGCAUCCUUUGGAGUGGAGCAGCAGGCUCCAGGGUUUGUCGCCUGUUUGCCCGUAAUCUCGUGAAAAGUCAGGAGGAAAUGAGGUUUGUUUUCUUCGUUCCCGAUAUUGCUCCCCUGACAGUGCAGUUCAAAAGCAGAGUUGGAGCAAAUAUCCCAGUUAUCCAACUUUCUUUAAUGGAUAGGUGUUGAGGGUGGGCUUGGAAUUUUUUCCUCCUGGAACAACAACAACAACAACGGUGCAUAAAGAUGUUUCUCAGGCGCUGAACGCCAACCCUGUUUGUCUUCUCUUGCAGCUCGUGGGUUUGGAGCAAGGCGUUCGGAGUCACCAGGGGGCUGAGAGGCACAAGGCUGCGAGAUGUCGGGCCGGAGCGGGAAGAAGAAAAUGUCCAAGCUGUCCCGCUCGAGCAGGGCCGGCGUCAUUUUCCCCGUGGGGAGGAUGAUGCGCUACCUGAAGAAAGGGACGUACAAGUACCGGAUCGGGGUGGGAGCGCCCGUGUACAUGGCAGCUGUCAUAGAGUACCUCGCAGCUGAAAUUCUAGAGCUGGCAGGAAACGCGGCGCGGGACAACAAGAAAGGGAGAAUCGCCCCCAGACACAUCCUCCUGGCAGUUGCAAACGAUGAGGAGCUGAAUCAGUUGCUAAAAGGUGUGACUAUUGCAAGCGGGGGCGUCCUGCCCAGAAUUCAGCCCGAGCUUCUGGCCAAGAAACGGGGUGCCAAAGGCAAGUCUGAGACCAUCCUUUCCCCUGCUCCUGAGAAGAAAGGGAGGAAAUCCAUGGUGAACAAAAAGAGUGGGAAGAAGGCAAAGUCUCCCAAGGCCCGGACAUCCAAAAAGAACAAGCAAAAAGACAGUGAAAAAGAAGGAGCUUCAAACUCAACAUCUGAGGAUGGACCUGGGGAUGGUUUCACUAUCUUGUCCUCCAAGAGCCUUGUGCCAGGACAAAAGCUUUCUCUGACACAGAGUGACAUCAGCCAUAUUGGCUCCAUGAAAGUAGAAGGCAUCGUUCACCCCACAACUGCUGAGAUAGACCUCAAGGAGGAAAUAGGCAAGGCGUUGGAAAAGGCUGGAGGAAAAGAGUUUUUAGAAACAGUGAAAGAGCUCCGCAAAUCUCAAGGACCCUUGGAAGUCGCUGAAGCUGCACUCACUCAGUCUAGCGGCCUAGCAGCAAAGUUUGUCAUCCACUGUCACAUCCCACAGUGGGGCUCGGACAAGUGUGAAGAGCAGCUCGAGGAGACUGUCAAGAACUGCUUAACAGCUGCAGAAGACAAGAAGCUGAAGUCCGUGGCAUUCCCCCCGUUUCCCAGCGGCAGAAACUGCUUCCCAAAACAGACAGCGGCCCAGGUGACUCUCAGAGCUAUUUCCACCCAUUUUGACGGCACCAGCUCCUCCUCCCUGAAGAACAUCUACUUCCUGCUCUUCGACAGUGAAAGCAUCGGCAUCUACGUGCAAGAAAUGGCCAAGCUAGACACCAAGUAGCAGUGGCAGCCAAAUGAAACUUUAUUUUUCAACAAACUUGAGUAGCAUUAAAAGCA